AUGGGAAGAUGCUGCAUAGAAAAAUGGAAGAGUACACAAUUUGUUUAUGGAUUCAAAUGUCCCACAUGUCAUACAAAGUUAAAUUCAAAUGACUAUCAUCCUAUUUAUGAUGUACCAUAUGAGAUAUUUAAUCCUGUACCUGAUUUUCCCUUAAGAAAUUGUCUUAAUGAAGAGGAAGUUGCAAAACAUUAUCUUUUAGAUGAAAAUAAUCAUAAACCUAUAUUUUUUAAAAAUUUUGAACACAAUUUUGAAGGGUCUAUUAAAUUUUAUGAUGUAUAUAAUGAAUAUAUUUUGAUUGUUGGAAUUAGAUCAUCAUCUGAUAAUGAUAAUCAAUAUAUUGAAUUAAUUGAAACUAAUAAUGGAAUUAAAUGUUUUUCUAUUAAACUUAGAUCAUGUAAUUGUAGUUCACUUUCUUUUAACAAAUAUCAAAAUGAUUGUAUUGAAUUUUGUAUUGGUUUUGAAGAUGGUUGGCUUCAACGUAGUAUUUGUUCACAAAAUUUAUCUAAAUUUAAUAUUAUUAGUGAGUAUUAUUCUGAGUUUGGAAAGAUACAUUCAAUAUGCUAUUUAUCAGAAGAAAAGUUUGCAUUUUCUGUUGGAAAAGGUGGUGUAUUUGUUUGUAAUAUUAAUAAUAUAUCUAUGACUAGAAAUUGGGCAAGAUUACAUGAUUCUAAAAGAAAUAUUAUUAGUAAUUUACAGAGAUUUUCUGAUACUAAAAUAUUAGGAAUAAUGAAUGGAAAAAUUUAUGUUUUUGAAAAAGAUAAAGUAUCAUAUGUAUUAUAUAAUGUUGUUGAUACAACUAUUAUCAAUUAUACAGUUUACCUUCCUUCUCGUAUACUUAUAAUUUUUUAUAAUAAGGAAGAUGUUUAUGGAAAUAAAUUAAAUGUAUCUCAAUUUUAUGAAUUAUGUAAAAUUGAAAAAUUAUUUAAUGAUAAUAAUGAAAAUCAAACAAAAAUAAAUUCUAAUAUUGUAGCGGUAAAGAGGUCUCCAAGUUAUAUUUGUCGAUUUCCAACAUCAUUUAAACCAACAUUAUUUAUAACAAAAGAAUUAGAAAAUUAUAUAAUAUAUUUAUUUAUACCUAAUAUUAAAAAUAAGCUUCUUAAAGCAAUACGUAUUGAUAAUGAAGCAAAUUGUUUGGCUGAGGAAUUAGUUGAAAAUUUAAAUGACUUUAUAACUAUUCUUUGUAUUGGUAAGCCACAACUAUUUAUAAAAAAUAUUUUAAGAAUGCAAAUUGUUGUAAUAUUUAAAAAAAAACUUACUGUAUUAAAUUUUUACUAUCCAAUCAAUGAAUAA